AUGCAGGGAAGCGGGCACCCUCCCGCUGGGAGCGCUCCCCCACGCCGCCCGACCCCGUGCCGCGGCAGCAGCCCGCCGUCACCCUGCGCGCUGCCCGGGUCGCCGCCCCUUCGCGCUCGGCGGGGCCGCGGGGAGGAGCGGGCGCCGGGGCUCUAUAAGGCCGUCUCGUCGGCCCGGCACCGCGCUCACAGCCACGCACAAGGGCGAGAGCUGGGCCUCGCACCGCCCCGCGCUGCAGCCUUGAUUGGCGGGGUCCCGUCGCCUUCCUCCUGCAGCUGCACAUCUGACUUUCGGUCAGGCUGCAAUUGUUCCGUUGGCAUGAGGAGCUUCAGCGUUUGGGACUAUGUGGUCUUCGCUGCCAUGCUGCUGGUGUCAGCUGUCAUCGGCAUCUACUAUGCCUUUGCAGGAGGGGGACAGAAGACCUCCAAGGACUUUCUCAUAGGGGGCAGAAGCAUGCAUGCCUUCCCAGUGGCUCUCUCACUCACCGCCAGCUUCAUGUCAGCUGUCACUGUGCUGGGCACCCCCGCUGAGGUCUACCGCUAUGGUUCCAUCUUCUGCCUCUUCGCCAUCACCUACGCCCUGGUAGCGCUGUGCACUGCUGAGAUCUUCCUGCCUGUCUUCUACAGGCUGGGCAUCACCAGCUCUUACGAGUAUUUAGAGCUUCGAUUUAAUAAAUACCUGCGUCUCUGUGGAACAUUCCUCUUCAUUAUACAAACGACAUUAUACACUGGCAUUGUUGUUUAUGCUCCAGCUUUAGCACUAAAUCAAGUCACGGGCUUCGACUUGUGGGGUGCCGUGGUGGCAACUGGUGUGAUCUGCACUUUCUACUGCACAUUGGGCGGUCUGAAAGCAGUGGUGUGGACAGAUGUUUUCCAGAUUGGAAUCAUGGUCGCUGGAUUGGCAUCUGUGGUUAUACGAGCUGUGGUAGUCCAGGAGGGAAUUGGACGCAUUAUAAAUGAUUCCUACUAUGGAGGAAGAUUAAACUUCUGGGACUUUAAUCCCAACCCAUUGCAAAGGCAUACCUUCUGGACGAUUAUUAUAGGUGGGACCUUCACAUGGACUAGCAUUUAUGGUGUCAGCCAGUCCCAAGUACAGAGAUACAGUGCAUGCAAAACCAGGUUCCAUGCAAAAAUGUCCCUCUACAUCAACCUGAUAGGCCUCUGGGUGAUCUUGGUCUGCGCAGCGCUCUGCGGGUUGUCCCUGUACUCCUUCUACAAGGAUUGUGACCCAUUGACGGCAGGGCAGGUGUCAGCACUCGACCAGUUGCUACCCUACCUUGUGCUGGAUAUUUUCAGUGAUUUUCCAGGAGUGCCAGGGCUUUUUAUGGCUAGUACCUACAGUGGGACAUUAAGUACAGUGUCCUCCAGCAUAAAUGCUUUGGCUGCUGUGACUGUUGAAGACCUCAUCAGGCCAUACUUCAAAUCCCUUUCUGAAAAGAAGUUGUCAUGGAUUUCCAUGGGGAUGAGCGUAUUUUAUGGCGGAGUCUGCAUUGCUAUGGCUGCAGUGGCAUCUCUCCUGGAUGCCUUGCUCCAGGCAGCACUCAGCAUUUUUGGCAUGAUCAGUGGCCCCCUUUUAGGACUGUUUUCCUUGGGAAUUCUCUGCUCCUUUGCAAAUGGAAUUGGCGCAUUUGUGGGUCUUAUCACUGGCUUUGUAAUUUCACUUUGGGUUGGAAUUGGUUCUCAGAUUUAUCCUCCCCUCCCAGAGAGGACUUUGCCUCUCCCCCUCUCAACUGCAGGCUGUAAUAUAUCCAUCUCAAGCAAUUUGACUACAUCAACAGAAAACCCAUUCACAACAAUCUUCAGCACACAGGCUGCAAAAAGGCCUGCCCUGGCAGAUAACUGGUAUUCCUUGUCCUAUCUCUACUUCAGCACCCUUGGGACACUUACCACAAUAGUUGUGGGAAUAAUUAUCAGCCUCCUAACAGGAGGACUGAAGCAGAACACAGAUAGUAAAUUCCUGCUGACCAAAGAAGAUUUCCUCUCCAACUUCUCCUGGUGUAAAUCUGAACCAGAGGAGAAAGUGGUUGUGUUGAACUGGAAAACAAUGGUAGCCGAAGGAAUGGACAACCCUGCUUUCAGCCACAUUGAAAUGGAUGAAGCAAGUGAUAAGAACAAAGCCAAUGGCCUUCAUAUAUGACAUGGAGCCAUGUCAGCCCUUGAGGACAGUUUUGUUCAUGUAAAGCACUGUUGACACUCCUGUGCUGGGUCAGUUAGCAGCCCUGCUAGGAUCACUGGCAGGAGUCUGCCGAGCUUCAUGGUGCUGUCACCCGUGCACAACUUCGACAUUAAUCAAGAAAGGAAUCAGGUCUUUCUUGCUUUUGUUGUUUCUCUCACACUCUGGAUCUUGGUGACUGGGCUUAAGGCAAUGUAUCUGUGUGGAAUAUUUGCCUGAUAUUCUUGGGCCUCCUGGAAAAUACCUGCUUUUACUUCCAGUUCACUCUCGGAGUAAAUGUUUUAUUUGGUAAGAGUGCUCUCCCCCGGAAAUGACUGUUCUCUGUGGGCUUUUUUUCUUUUCUUUUUUUUCUUCUUUUUUCUUUUAUUCUUUUUUCUUUUUCCUUUUUUCUUUUUUUCCUUUUAAGUCAUUGAAAGAGUGAAGAAAUAAGUACUCUGGGAUCUUACCAGCUGGCAGGAAACAAUGGAUCUUUUAGUGGAGGAGAUGUACUUUGUGCCCUCUGAUUGCUUUGUAGAACUGCUCUUGAGAGCAUAUUUAUUUUGCUGGUUCUGUCAUAUGUUUGCUUUCAUUAACCUCAUUCUUUGGUGAGCACUCCUCUCAUGUGCCCACUGUUGGAUGCUACAAAACUGUCCUUGGAGACAGGUAAAAACAAGCAUCAGUAAUACCCUUUCCUUUUCUCCCUACCUCACUCUUUAGCCCCAUCUUGCUCCAACAGAGCUGGCCCUUGUGAUGAAGUGAACAAUCUGGGCUCUUCUUUCUGUGCCAUGUAGCAGAACCACAUGCUGGCCCAUGACUGCUCUUGCACUGAGCUGGGUGUUGUCAUAGUUUUAUGUUUUUUUUUUUGUUUUCAGUAUUCUGCACCAAAACAUCAUGUAGUGCACUGGGAAUUAAAGUGGUAAUGCUCCAAUUCUGGGUACCUGUCCCUGUACAUCGUGGAAGUCAUGGGAUCUGGCUCUUCUUGGUGGGGCGCUCUCUUACUGCCUGGCAGUGGGUGCUGGAGGGUGCUUUCCUAGCCGUACUAAGCUUUUCCAGUUUGACUCGGUCUCAGGAACCCUCAUAUCUUACUUGAUUUAUUAGUCUCAAUUUCAAUUAAAUUGUAUUAUAUUGUGUUAUCUUGCAUUCCGAUAUCAUAGUAAAAUAAGUUUUCCUCCAUA